GGGUAUACAGGGUAUACAGGGUAUACAGGGUAUACAGGGUAUACAGGGUAUACAGGGUAUACAGGGUAUACAUAGGUAUACAGGGUAUACAGGGCAUAUACAGGGUAUACAGGGCAUACAGGGUAUACAGGGUAUACAGGGUAUACAGGGGGUAUACAGGGUAUACAGGGUAUACAGGGUAUACAUAGGCAUACAGGGCAUACAGGGUAUACAUACAUGGGGUAUACAGGGUAUACAUACAGGGCAUACAGGGUAUACAUAGGUAUACAUACAGGGUAUACAGGGUAUACAGGGCAUACAGGGUACACAGGGCAUACAGGGCAUACAGGGCAUACAGGGCAUACAGGGUAUACAGGGUAUACAGGGUAUACAGGGGGUAUACAUAGGGUAUACAGGGUAUACAGGGUAUACAUACAGGGCAUACAGGGGGCAUACAGGGCAUACAGGGUACAUACAGGGUAUACAGGGUAUACAGGGUAUACAUAUACAGGGUAUACAGGGUAUACAGGGUAUACAGGGGCAUACAGGGUAUACAUACAGGGUAUACAGGGUAUACACAGGGUAUACAUACACAGGUAUACAGAAUUAUACAUACAGGGUAUACAGGGUAUACAGGGUAUACAGGGUAUACAGGGUAUACAGAGUAUACAGGGUAUACAGGGUAUACAGGGUAUACAGGGUAUACAUAGGUAUACAGGGUAUACAGGGCAUACAGGGCAUACACAGGGCAUACAUGGUAUACAGGCAUACAGUAUAUACAGGGUAUACAGGGUAUACAGGGUAUACACAGGUAUACAUACAGGGUAUACAUGGGCAUACAUACAGGGUAUACAGGGUAUACAUACAGGGGGCAUACAGGGUAUACAGGGUAUACAGGGUAUACAGGGUAUACAGGGUAUACAGGGUAUACAGGGUAUACAGGGUAUACAGGGCAUACAGGGUAUACAGGGUAUACAGGGUAUACAGGGUAUACAGGGUAUACAUACAGGGGGUAUACAGGGUAUACAGGGUAUACAGGGUAUACAGGGUAUAUACAGGGUAUACAGGUAUACAGGGCAUACAGGGUAUACAUAGGUAUACAGGGUAUACAUAGGUAUACAGGGUAUACAGGGUAUACAGGGUAUACAGGGCAUACAGGGCAUACAUAGGUAUACAGGGUAUACAGGGUAUACAGGGCAUACAGGGUAUACAGGGUAUACAGGGUAUACAGGGGUAGUAUACAGGGUAUACAGGGUAUACAUACAGGGUAUACAGGGUAUACAUGGGUAUACAGGGUAUACAGGGUAUACAUAGGUAUACAGGGUAUACAGGGUAUACAUAGGUAUACAGGGUAUACAGGGUAUACAGGGUAUACAGGGUAUACAGGGUAUACAGAGUAUACAGGGUAUACAUGGUAUACAUAGGUAUACAGGGUAUACAGGCAUACAGGGUAUACAGGGUAUACAGGGUAUACAUGGGUAUACAGGGUAUACAGGGUAUACAGGGUAUACAGGUAUACAGGGUAUACAGGGUAUACAGGGUAUACAGGGUAUACAGGGUAUACAGGGUAUACAGGGUAUACACAGGGUAUACAGGGUAUACAGGGUAUACAGGGUAUACAGGGUACACAGGGUAUACAGGGUAUACAGGGUAUACAGGGUAUACAGAUACAUAUACAGGGUAUACAGGGUAUACAUAGGUAUACAGGUAUACAGGGUAUACAGGGUAUACAGGGGUAUACAGGGUAUACAGGUAUACAGGGUAUACAGGGGUAUACAGGGUAUACACAGGGUAUACAGGGUAUACAGGGUAUACAGGGUAUACAGGGUAUACAGGGUAUACAGGGUAUAUAG